ACUGGUCUCUAGUCAGGUUGGUCCCUUUGACCUCAUCACGGUCAAUGACGUAUUAUUUAUGAGACGACGUUUCUGAUAAACACCAGCUGAAGCCGCAGAAGACAUCCUCUUGUUUCUUAUAAAAGUUGCCCUUUAUUACUUCAGACAGAGAGGUGGAGGAUGUCUGUAGCGGCUCUCCGUCUGAUCCACUGCAGAAGGUUGAGCACAGCUGGACCGCCUGGUGUGAAUAAAGUGCUCCAGUGGAAACAUUUAAGAAAAAUAGCUAAAGUAACUGGAACGGUUGUCUUUGGGGGUUGUCUCUUUAUUACUUAUGAGGUAGUUGCCUUAGAUAAGGCUGUGACCAUCGACACCAGCGCAAUCCUUCAGGAGAAAUAUAAGUCUUACAUUUAUCUCAGAGCCAGUCCCUCUGCUGAAAAGGAGAAUCUAACUGCAGAACUCACACAAAAAGCAAGGAGGGAACUUCACAGAGCAGCCAAAAGGUUUCUGGAAAUUUCCUCCAAGCUUUUCCUGCAGUCACUAGAUGACCACUUUAGUCAUGCGGAUGCAGACCCACACGAGGUUGCAUUAUGGGUGCUGCUUAAGAGGACACAGUCGUCUAACAAAGCUGUCAGACUUCAGGCUGUCCAGGAGCUUGCAGAAAAUCCCCACUGGCAAGACUACCAGUACCAGACAGCAGCUCAGGUGAUCGACCAGCGGACAGCAGUGGGCCUCGCCCGGACCCCUCAGGUAGACCUGCGAUUCUUCCGACAUCCGCCAGCCCUGCCUGACUUAGAAGACGGUUUGUCAGCGGAGGAUUGUCUACGGCAGCUCUUGGCCUCUCUGCCUCUGUCUGAGGUCGACAGAUGUGUGCAGUACUUCACCUCUCUGGCGCUCAGGGAGAGCAAUCAGUCUAUGGCAGCACAAAGGGGCGGUCUGUGGUGUUUCGGCGGUAACGGGCUUCCUUAUGCCCAGAGCCUCACCUCAGUUCCCUCAGAAAAAGUGGAGUCCUUCUGUCUGCAAGCACUGGUACAGCACUCAAAGGUACAGAGCCACUGUGACCACAUAGUUGCAAAUGGAGGUCUGCAGAUUCUCCAGAGACUUUAUCAGCUCAGAAGGGAAUCCCUGAAGAUCCAGAGGAACAUUGUUCGUAUAAUAGGAAACCUGGCGCUAAACGAAGGCACUCACCAGGCUAUAGUCCAGUCCGGUUGGGUAUCUGUCCUGGCCGAGACGUUGCAGUCUUCCUCGGGGAUUCAGGCGUCUCAUGCGGCUCGAGCGCUUGCCAACCUGGACAGGGAAACGGUGAAGGAGAAAUACCAAGAUGGCAUCUACAUCCUCCACCCACAAACACGUGGCAACCAACCAAUCAAAGCAGAUGUGCUGUUCGUCCACGGGAUUCUAGGAGCAGCUUUUAAAACAUGGAGGCAGAAGGACCGCAACACAUUAGAAGAAGAAAGGGAAGCUGAAAGUCAGGAUGACUACACAGAGUGCUGGCCAAAGUCAUGGCUGGCGGCUGACUGUCCAAACCUGAGGGUACUGUCAGUGGAGUAUGACAGCCACCUUAGUGACUGGAUGGCUAAGUGUCCUGCCGAGAAUCAAAGGAAGUCGAUGGCAUACAGAAGUCGAGAGCUGUUAAAUAAAUUAAAGCUUGCAGGAGUUGGGGAGAGACCUGUGGUCUGGGUGGCUCACAGUAUGGGAGGAUUGCUUGUGAAGAAAAUGCUGCUGGAUGCAGCCGAUGACCCAGAUCUGCAGGGAUUGUUAAAGAACACUAAGGGAAUCAUGUUCUAUAGUGUUCCUCAUCACGGCACCUUCAUGGCAGAGUACUCUGUCAAUGUCAGAUAUCUCCUCUUUCCCUCCAUAGAAGUCAGGGAACUCUGUAAAGACUCUCCAGCUCUCCGCUGUCUAAAUGAGGGCUUCCUCAAUAUUGCCAAAGAAAAUGAAAUCAAGGUGCUGAGCUUUGCAGAGACCCGGCCUACCAACAUCGGCCCCAUGAUCAAGAUUCUGGUGGUACCGACUCAGUCGGCGGACCUCGGCCUCGGGGAGCUUAUUGAGGUGGAUGUUGAUCACCUCAACAUCUGCAAGCCAGAGAAGAAGGACUCGUUCCUGUACAGACGCAGCCUGCAGUUCAUCCAAGACGCACUGCAGCGUUUCAUCAGCCAGUGACUCAAGCACAUAAGCACAAAAGCAAUGAUGCGACCUACUGAAACUGACCCUCACCCUUAAAUCCAACUUAAAACGACACCGUUCCUCCUUAUUGCACAUGAACAGACACAACCCAUGAUCACUAAAGUCAAAAGUGAGCUGUCAUAACCACAUGGGACAAAUGUAACUUGUUUUACCCAUUGAUGUCUGUGAAAAAGUCUGAACUGUGAUAAAGAAACUGAGAUUAAUAUUUAUUUAGGGGUUUUCCUGAAAUCAGACCAAUUUUUGAUGGUUUUCAUUCUCACCGGGCACCAUUACCAUGUUUACAAGAAAGCUCAACCUUGCACAUAGAAUACAGCAAAUACUUUUUAGUUCUUAUAAUACUCCUCAGUAGUUUGGACAAGAAUAUAGGUUUGAAGUAGUAUUUUUAUAUUUAUAAAUUGUACAGAUUUUGUGCCAACAUAGGUUCCCUUUCUUAGCCUGACCUCAGAGGGUUCUUAAUUAAUAUCAGAUCAGCUCACUUGAUUUAUGUUUGUGAGACUAAUCAAGCUGUUGAAAUGUUUACAUUUGCUUCUGUGGCUAAAAAAACAACUACUACAUAUUGAUGACAAUAAAUCCAACAAAUGAGUGAAGCUGGAGGAUUUGUUUGCCUCUGUUGUUGUUGUCACCUCUUAUCCUAUGUUUUCUGCUACAGUUCAGUAAAAUUGGUUUAUUUUUUCAGUAUCAAUUUAAACGUUUGGCAAGUAUGUGAUUAAUGUUGCAUUUUUUUUUCAAGUUACUUUGGCCAGUACUAACAUCUAUUUAAUCACUUAUUUUACAGUUCAUUACAAAUACCUUCAUUUUUGCAUGUUUACUGUUUGUUUAUUUUUCAGUUUACUAUAAUUUUAGGGUUUGUGUAAAUUUUCUAUACUUUGUCUGAAGCAUUUCCUCUAUAAUCAACACAAUUACAUUUGAUCAGUUUACCAUCCUCUAAAUCUAAUUGAUUUAU